AUGGCAGGACCAGGAUUACUGCUAGCUGCCAUUUUGGUAACCGGCUUUCCAACAUACACGCAUGGUCACGGGCGGUUACUAAAGCCUCCAUCCAGAAUGUCCGGCUAUCUCGCGGGGUUGCCCAUGCCUGUGAAUUACAACGACCAUGAAAUGAAUUGUGGUGGGAGGAAGGUACAGUGGGAUCAGAGUGGAGGCAAAUGUGGGAUCUGCGGGGAGCCAUGGCCGGGUCCCAAGAACUACGAGCGACCCAGCGGGGUCAUGGCUCAGCACCAGAUCCGGACGGCCACCUACCUGGAGAAUGCGGUCAUUAUAAUCCGCUUACAGAUCACCGUGUCACACAGGGGCUGGCACGAGUUUCGCAUCUGCAACGUGGCAAGAUCGGGUGGCGUGGAAGCCACACAAGCAUGCCUUGAUCGGACUCUGCUAGCAGACGAGAACAUGCAGACUCGCUUCUCCAAAGGCACCACUUCUACGGGCUUCUUUGAUUUCCAUCUAGUCUUGCCAGCAGGGUUGACCUGUGACCAUUGUGUCAUUCAGUGGAAAUGGAAAUGUGGAAAUGACUGGGGAUGUGAUAAACCAAGCAACAACAGUGCGCCUGCGUGCUGCGUGGGCUGUGGAGAGAGACAAGAAGAAUUCUAUGGAUGCUCAGACGUCACCAUCAACCCCCGAAACAGCCGCUACACAACCACGCCAAAAACUGUCCCUACUACAACAGCUCGACAAAUAACAACCUGGCGCUACACCACCACAACUCGACCAACAGCGAGGACAACUUGGCGAUAUCCCUACAUCACCACAACUCGACCAACAGCGAGGACAACUUGGCGAUAUCCUUACACCACUCCAACUACCACGCGAAGACCCAUUACCUACCCGGCAUACACCAUGCGACCACAGUGGCCUUUCUACCCCACCACAACCAGGAGACCAUAUGGUGGAUACAACUACAACCCAGUUUACGAACACUUUAAGCGGUAUCCAAACACCAUUCCUUCCGGAAACAGCAUCAAAUUUCCCGGCUCUGGCAAUAGCAAUACAAACAACAACCGACCUAGCAGCAGAAGUUUGCAGGAAGAUUUCUUGAGCGCGAUUCUGGGCCGCGAUUCUAUAAUUGUCAAUAAAGACGGCCUCUCUGUGCCGAUUCCUAUGGUCGACAACACAUCCCCUGUUGUGGUGAACGAUACGGACAUGAGCGACUACCUCAGAAAGGACAGGUUUUGUGCUGCCUGUCAGUACAACUGUGAGUUUCGUGGCUGCUACAGGUACUGUCCUGACACUGUCAUUUACUGCCCCGCAGCCGGCUCGUAA